AUGGAUACGGAGCUUGAUUCUGAGGCUGGAGUGUUUGGGGAAAGUAGUAACUGCCAUUAUUCUUGGCUAGAUGAAGAAAUUGGGUCAUUGAACAGGGCACUCGUGAGAGAUGAAGAGUCUCAUGAAUUAGAUGAAACAGAGUCUGCAACACCGAGAGUAAACCUAGUGGGUAAUCAACCACCUAAUGUUGAACGGAGUAAUGCUAGAAAGAGAGAUGACUCACAGUUACUUAGGGUUAUAGCUGAUGCUCUUCAACGAUUAGCAGGAACUGCAUCUACUACGAUAUCUGCUCUUACUACCCGACAAGCCCCGAUUAAAGAAUUGCGUAAGUAUAGUGCAACUGAAUUUCUGGGUUUAAAAGGAGCUUAUCCAUCUACAGUUGAAAAUUGGAUAGAAUCUACAAAAAGAAUUUUACAGCAGCUUGAAUGUACUUCCCAAGAAAGUUUAUUGUGUGUUGUCUCUUUACUUCAAGGGGAAGCCUAUGUUUGGUGGGAAUCAAGAUCUGUAUUUACUUCUAGAGGUAGAGGAUCAGGAAAAAGUGGUUCAUUUUCCAAGGGUGGUGCUAGAAGAGGAAGUGAUGUUGCUACUCAACAAUCAAAAGCCAGAAUACCAGCUCGAGCAUAUGUUGUACGAACCCGUGAAGAGGGUGAUGCACAUGAUGUAGUGACAAUUUUUCCUAAAGAAUUACCGGGAUUACCACCAGAUCGGGAAGUCGAAUUUGCAAUUGAAGUUUAUCCUAGUACAACUCCAAUAUCAAUACCCUCAUACCAUAUGUCACCUACAGAGUUAAAAGAAUUGAAUGUACAGUUGCAUGAUUUACUGGAUCGAGGAUUUAUACGUCCCAGUAUUUCACUUUGGGGAGCUCCAGUACUGUUUGUUAAAAAGGAAGAUGGUUCAAUGCUGUUGUGUAUUGAUUAUUGGCAAUUGAAUAAUGUGACAAUCAAGAACUGA